GAGCCGCCCCUUGACUCCCGACUGCGCUUGUCCCAUCCGGCUUGCCGUCCUCGCGACCAUGGCGGCUGCCGCGCUUUCCGCGUGGCUGACCCUGCAGCCGGGGACCAGGACCCUGCGUGCUUUCUGUACCUCCGUGUCUCCGGCCACCCGCUCCGCGAUACCAAGCCCUCGUACAGCAGGCAGAACACCCAGAUAUGAAAGACCACUGAGAAGAAAGGCACUACCUCCUAGGACAGAGACAAUGACUGUUGACCAAGAUUGGCCUAGUGUUUAUCCUGUUGCAGCACCAUUUAAACCUUCUGCUGUACCUCUUCCCAUUCGAAUGGGCUAUCCGGUAAAAAGGGGGGUGCCCAUGGCAAAGGAGGGAAAUCUAGAACUAUUAAAGAUCCCCAAUUUUCUGCAUUUAACUCCUGUAGCAAUUAAAAAGCACUGUGAAGCUCUUAAAGAUUUCUGCACUGAGUGGCCAGCUGCUCUGGACAGUGAUGAAAAAUGUGAGAAGCAUUUUCCCAUUGAAGUGGACACAACUGAUUAUGUUUCAGCAGGACCAUCUAUCCGAAACCCCAAAGCACGAGUAGUAACCUUAAGGGUUAAACUUUCCAGUUUGAAUUUAGAUGAUCAUGCAAAGAAGAAACUCAUUAAACUUGUGGGAGAGCGAUACUGCAAGACUACAGAUGUACUUACCAUCAAAACAGACAGGUGCCCUUUAAAGAGACAGAAUUAUGAUUAUGCACUCUAUCUGCUAACAGUUUUAUACCAUGAGUCUUGGUUCUGGCUUCCAGCUAAAAACAGACGUGUGUUCGUGCCCUUUCUUCUGGAGGAAGAAAACCACAACUUGGAAGCUACAGAGGCUCUAAAAUCAUGGAAUUCUACUGGAUGCUUAAAGUAUCCCUGGAAGUCCAGAGGACACAGUUUCCCUGCGAUGGACAGUCAGGUAAAUUGAUACCAUGGGAAAAUGCUGAAAGGCACAACCCCCCCCCCCCCCCACACACACACACCUUCCCUUCAGGCUUAUGGGAGUUAGAAGCAUCUUUAAGGUGAGAAUCUAGAUUGGCAACCUUUUCAAAAAAAUUUCCCUUUGGGGCACCUGGGUGCCUCAGUCAGUUAAGCGUCUGCCUUUGGCUCAGCUCAUGAUCCCGGGUCCUGGGAUCAAGCCCUGCAUUGGGCUCCCUGCUAGACGGGAAGUCUGUUUCUCCUUUCCCUCUGCUGUUGCCUCUGCUUGUACUCUCUCACACACACUCUCUCUCUCUCUCUCUCUCUCUCUCAAAUAAAUAAAUUCUGUAAAAAAAAAAAAAAAUUCCCUUUAAAAAAUUAAUUGCUCUCUUGUGUGCCUGAUUAACUUUCUAGGGCUUAGCCCGGGACAGCUUCUCACACUGUGGUCAGUUUACACCCUUGGGUAGCCUCAGUACACAUCCCAGAAAUCUGCCAUGUGUACUUGGAUAGGAGGCACUGGCAAUUAAUAAGUCAGUAUCAAACCAUGGAAAGAAAGUGUAGAAGAACCAAGAGAAUUAUUUUAACGUAUUGUGUUGCUUUUGCUAUUUCUUUCCAAGUAGCUUUAAAAUCUUGGAAAAAUGAAAAACAAAUGAAAGUAGUCUUUAGACAAUUAUAACUGGAAAUUCUGCAAUAAUGAAAUGUUUUCCUUAUUAUAAACCUUGAUCAUAUUACAUGGGUGAUGCUUAACUCUGAUUCUGGAUUUCAGACAAAAAAAUCAGAAUAUUUAAAAUAUAUAUUUAUUUUCUUUCUUUUUGCUAGUUGACAUAUAUCUACCUAUGUCCUUCAAAACAUCUAAACAAUCUAAAUUCUUGCUCAAUGCAACCCACAUUUGCUCAACACAAACAAGCACAUUUCAAAAAUUUGAAAUAUUGAGAUCACCAAAAGAAGUUUGAAAAAGAAAUUAUUGUAUUAUUUUUUGAAGCCAAAUAUGCCAUUUUGGGGGGAUGUGGAAAUAUUGUUAGUUAACCCUCGAGGAAAUAGUUUCAUUUAGCACUUUAGUGAAGAAAAGAAGAUUCUGUGUUACCUGUGGGUUCCAUGGCACUCUGGAUCAUCACCAGAUUUGUAAACUGAGCCAGAACUGAUCCAAAUGGCAAAGUCAGUCUCAAUCUCUCUCCUGCCUCCCCCAUCCCCUUGUCUCUCCCUCAUCUUCCCUAGUCCUGAUCAUCUGUUCCCUGCAACCUCUGCCUAGAGCUCCUUACUUAGGUCUUCAUUUUCUAAGUUUCUCCUGAUUUUUGCUCAGGCAUAUCAUUGAUACUUACCAUCCUUCCUAAGGCAGCAGCUCCUGCUACAUUUCUGGCCGGUACUUUCAGAAUAAUACUUCAGGAACUGAGCUCCCAGCUUCUGAGACUCCUCCAGGUCAAUCAGAAGACCUGGAAAGCGACGGAUCCAACAGUCUCUAUAAAAAAUGGUGGGUGAGCAGAGAGAGUCUGAGGUCCACCCCAUGCUCAGCAGCAGCACCAAGGCUGUUUCCACCACUGCCACGUGCAUUUCCGUGGUAGGAAGAUCGGGCAAGAAGUCUGAGAUCCAGACAGACGCCGAAGCUGACCAUCAGGGUUGAGGACAGGUUCUGGAAUUUCAAAGCUGUUGCUAAGGGACUCUCCUAGAGAGUCACCUUCUAGAAAAGUGAAGCCAUUCUUUGACUGUAUAUUGAUUUUUCUGAGCUGAGCCCUAGGUGAACAUUUGACUUUCUGAUGUUAAUUCUGAACAUUUUCCAGGCCAUUUUGAUACUCUGUCCCUUACCCUCUUGAAGAUGUGGAUUCUCUCCUCUGCUUUUCUUCUUUCUCUGAAAGUGAAUAGUCACAGACACCUCUUCCUAAGUAAAUAUAAAGACAAGUGGAAAUCCUAGCCCAGAGUCUUUCUGAGGAAAACAAUAAUUUAGUCACUUGACGUCAGAUAAAGGAAGGAUCCAUUACACCAGAAACAAGACAUGGUUUGUAAGGGGACUGUUGUAUGGUUUUAAAGAAACCUGUGACUGCAGACUUUUAAUUUUUAAAUUUUUUUAAUUUUUUUUAAAGAUUUUAUUUAUUUAUUUGGCAGAGAGAGAGAGAGAGAGAUCACAAGUAGGCAGAGAGGCAGGCAGAGAGAGAGGAGGAAGCAGGCUCCCCACCAAGCAGAGAGUCUGAGGUGGGGCUCGAUCCCAGGACUCUGGGAUCAUGACCCAAGCCAAAGGCAGAGGCUUAACCCACUGAGCCACCCAGGCGCCCCAACUGCAGACUUAAAAAAAAAAAAAUUUUCCCCCUAUGAUUUAAGUUCUGGUAUUUACAUUCACCAGAAAACCAGUUUGUGCCCUGGUUUAAAUUUUUUGUUUUUAUUAACAAAAUAACAACAACAAAACCUUGAAAGUAAAUGAAAACUGAAAAUGAAAAAAAAUUAAUUUUGCAGUGAUUUUGAAAACAUUGAAUGUGGAUAUGUGGAUCCUGGUCACUUCUUGGAGCUAGGCAUUCCCCACCCCCUCAAAGGUCAACCACAGACUUUCUUUAAAAAGAGAAAAUAAAACAUAACAGUGAAAAUUGUGAAGAAGUUCAAAAAGUGGAAGGGGGGGGCACCUGGGCGGCUCAGUCAUUAAGCAUAUGCCUUCCUCUUGGUUCCUGAUCCCAGUGUCCUGGGAUUGAGCCCCCAUUGGGCUCCCUGCUCAAGCGGAAGCCUACUUCUCGCUUUCCCACUCCCCCUGCUUGUGUUCCCUCGCUCGCUCUCUGUCAAAUAAAUAAAUAAAAUCUUUAAAAAAAAAAAGUUCAAAAUGGGGGCUUGUUUGCAAGUUAUAAAAGAUACUUCUUUGUGAAGCAUAUACAAAAAUGCAUAGUAUCUCUGACUAAAGCAGGGACAGUUUCUAAGAAAUGUGUAUUAGGGAAAUGAAAUGGUUUUAAAUUUCUAAGUUUUAAUAAAAAUCACUUCAAUUGCAAGGCUAAAACAUUCGAAAAGAUACUAAAGGAGGCAAAAAAUGGCCUCUCACUUUUGUGAAGGUUGUAGUUUCCAUAUCCCAUGAUGAUGUCCACGUUGACAACGUAGUUCAAAAUAUGAAACUGUUGGGCUUUUAUCCUAUUUUUAUACCAAGCAUAAGUGAAAAUCAGCCUUUCGCAUAAAGUACGGCUGAACUGCUCUUUUAAAAAAAAAAAAAAAAGAUAAAGCUUUUUCUAUCCUGUGAUCUCAGUUUCUUUCGUACCUUUUGCACAAUGACUCAUUCACUUACUUGGCACAAAAAUGUUAACAUUCUUUGAAUUUUCAUUUCUCUACCUGUUUUGUAAUAAUAGCCUAUCACAUAUGCUUUAAUUUUUAGAAAUAUAUGAUUUAAUCAUCAAUAAUAAGCAAAUAAUCAAAGGGCUGAAUAACUUUAAAAACAAAACAUUUUACUUUCUCCUAAGCAAAAAUUAUAACAUGGAUUAACUCCUAACCCUGCAUAAGCCACCUAAAAUAUACUAAAAAUGAUUAAUGUGUUAUUCUAUUGAACUUCUCAUAGAAAACAAGUUUCAGUUGCUUACCUGCAAAUAAUCCGACCAUUCUGUCUGUUCCAAGGAGAAAGGGAAGAGAGGUUUCCUGAUGGCAAAGUAAGCGACAGGCGAGGAACAAAAAGAUUACUCCCUUUUUCUCCAUGAGGUUCCAUAGAUACAGCAAUUAGUUCAUGCCCCGGGGACAUAAACCAGAAAGUCAGCUUUCUAACCUUCUACCCUCAGUGUCUUUCAAUCACAUUAAAUGCAGUUUCUUUUGUGUGAUAUAGAAUUCCUUGAAGUUCUCAUGUAUCCUGCAGGGAUAAUGGAACAACCCAUAAUUGCUUAAUCCUUUUGCUGUCAAUUGGUGUUCAAGUAAAGAUCAAAGUUGCAUUUUUUUAAAGAAUCUCCAAAUUCCAAUGUAAAAGCAUGCUUUAAAAUUUUUUAAACUUUUUUUUUUUUUUUUUUUUUUUUUGUGAUUGCAUAAACAUUCAGUUGGGAAACCAGGAACUUCUUGGAGCCAAAUAUUUUGAAAAGGAGAGAUAGAAACUGGACUGCAGGGGCAGAGGGAGGAAUCCACAAUGGGCUGAGAUAUGUGGCCCAGAAACAUCUAGUCUCAAAAUUGUCCAUGUGAGAUGAAAUUACAGAAACCAGAAAGCAAUUCCAACUCUGAAUAAAAAAUUGCUAUAUAGGCUUUUAUAGAUUUUAUCAAAUAUUGAGAACUGUUACACUAUUGCAAUGCAGUGAUAUAUUGUAUUUAUUUCCAACUGAGUGCUCUUAAGAAGGGUUCAAAGAUUGUAUUCUUACCUUAAAAACCACAUUUUUCUUCCAAGAGCCUGAUUCAGUUGUUCUAGUCUGGGAACCAGAAUUCUUAAAAGCGUCCCAGGUGAUUUACUAAGAUGUUUGGAAAACACUGACAUAACACUGACUGCAAAAAAAAUGGAAGUUUUACUUACAUUAAGAUGCUCAAUCGGAAUUAAAUAUGAACGAUUUUUAUUUUUUUUUUAAUAUUUAUUUGAGAGAGAGAGAGUGCACACAUGGGGGGGGUCAAGGUGGGGGUAGAGAGUGAGGGGGAGGAAAAACAGACUCCCUGCUGAGCAGGGAGCCUGACCUGAUGGGGGUGGUAUAAAGAUGAAAUGGGUUGGAUCUCUUGUCCCUUCCCAGAGAUCAUGACCUGAGCUAAAGCCAAAAGUUGGAUAGCCAAUACACGGAGAAUCACCCAAGAGACCCUGAGCCAUUUUUAAAGAACUGUACUACUUUAAAGUCAUUUAAAUUGUCCCACAUGCUUGCAUGAAAGGAAAAUAUUUCAGUUUUGCUUGUUAAAAAAGAAAAGGAAAUAAUCUUUAUUAAAAUGUUUUGCUUUUUAUUAAAUUGAUAUAUUUUUCACUUUAAAUACCCAAACUUUUGGGGCACCUGGGUGGCUCAGUUGUUAAACAUCUACCUUCGGCUCAGGUUGUGAUCCCAGGGUCCUGGGAUUGAGCCCCACAUCGGGCUCCCUGCUCCAUGGGAAGCCUGCUUCUCCCUCUCCCACUCCCCCUGCUUGUGUUCCCUUUCGUGCUGUGUCUCUCUCUGUCAAAUAAAUAAAUAAAAAUCUCUAAAAAAUUUUAAAAAAUAAAAAUAAAAUAAAAACCCAAACUUACAGAAAAGCACAAAAAGGAAUAAAAACUACAGUCCUAUAGUCUUAACACUUUCAUUAACAUCCUUCUAGACAUCUCUAUAGAAAAUAGAUAUAUAUAUGCCAUUGUACGUAAAUGGAUUCAUGCUGUUCCAGAAACUGUUUUUUAAAGAUUUAUUUAUUUAUUUAUUUUAGAGACAGAGAACAUGAGUGGGAAGGGCAGAGGGGAGGGAGAGAGAAUCUUAAGCAGACUGCACACUGAGCAUGGACCCCACUCAGGGCUCAAUCCCACGACCCCGAGGUCACGACCUGACUUGAAACCAAGAACCUGAUGCAUAACUGACUCUGCCACCCAUUUGUCCCUCCAGAAACUGUUUUCUAAAUACCCAGGGUAAAAUUAUAUUUUUCAGGGUUUCUAAAGAAGGAUCUACAUGUUUAUCCUAAGUUGUAAUGGCUCUCCAGUAUUUCAUUCUACGAAUGUACCAAAAUUUACUCUGUACUUCAGCUUCCUCAGCUAUGAAGCAAAAUAAAAAAUUAUAUUGUAAUCUACAAAAUCACUGACAAUAGUGCUUGGCAUAUAAUAAAUACUCAAUAAAUGCUGGCUACUAUUACUAUUAUA